AUGGAACUUACAUCUUUGGAAGGCGCCACGAAGCCAACCACGACCAUAUCAACGAGCACUGACGUAGUCGUCGACGAUCAUGGUUGGUCCGUGAGCGGUAUCGACAACAGUGCCUUGGUCCGUACCGUCUACGGGGUCAUCGGUUUCAGCGGAAUGGCGGGGAAUGCGCUCGUCUGCUUCGUUCUCAUACGUGUACCUCCACUUCGUACACGCACUAGCCGGUUCAUCGUCAACCUCGCCAUCGCAGAUUUUCUCACUUCCUUCUGGCUUAUUCCCAUUCAUGUGUUUCCACAAGUUCCAUCCAUACCAAAGGGACUGGCAGGCGAAUUUAUGUGUCGUUUUUACAUAUCGAAAUAUAUCCUCUGGCUAUUCAUCAUCACGUCCAUCUAUUUCCUAGUGGUGGUGACCUUGGAACGCUAUGUUGCCGUGGUGCAUCCGUUGAAAUACAAGCGUGUUUUCACCACAAGGCUCACCGUACUUAUUUCCUCGUGUUGCUUGCUAAUUGGUAUCGUGGCGCCAACAUUCUUCUUCUUCGUAUAUGAUGUCGUCGACAGCGUUUGUAUCUACUUGCCCUAUCCAAGCCCAGCACACAAAUUGUAUCAAUACCAACUAGAAGCCUUUUAA